CAGAUCUCAGAGUUUGUUAGCAGACCGAUUGGACUUUUGUCAUCGAGAUAAAAUCAGUUUUAACCUCUGUGAUCGUGGUUGUGUGUGAAUUUUCGGGAGUUUAAAAUGAGUUUGUAUGAAAAUUUCACUAGCAGGCGGGGAAAAUGCCGGCGCUAAUGAGCACAGAUAAGUUCAUAAAGGCUGAGCGGAAGAACCGGCUGGAGGUGCACCGGCUGGGACUCCAGUGCCGCCACUAUGACAAGGAGACCGUACGCUUCAAUUACGAUAUCGAACGAGAAAAGCGGCACAUCACCAAAGCGUUCAAAGGUGUUAUUAAGACUUCCGGAGCAAGCGACCUUGGCAUCCCGCCGCGCAACGAGAAGGACACGGAUUACGAGAAAUGUCCUUCCUACAAACAGGGACUCAAGCUGAGCAACAAGCGUCUGCUGCAGUGGAGGGAGUGCGAAAAACAGCUGCUCAAGUUCAUAGAAAACCACGAGAAAGAGCGAGAGAAGCGAAACCGGAAGUUGGUGUUGCGCAAGCGCGAGACCGAGUAUGACGUCCUACCUCCAAAGCGUGUAGACGAACUCGAAGAUGAUGUGUUUGUUGAUAACGACUUAGACAGCUUAGUUACAAGUGAUAAAACAUCAAUAAGUGAGAUUAUCGGUGUCCGUGAAGAUUCCGCAAAUGUGAAUGAUGUUUUUGAUAUUAAACAGUGGGAAAAAGACGUCAUUGAAAGUUACAAAACGUCUGUCUGCAAGCACGCUUCCAGUAGUAAACCUGUCCACUCUACGCACACUUUAAGAUCACAAUCCUCACCGGCGUUUACGAAUGGAAAAGGUCAAUUUAACAAUUCGGAGAAGAAAGUAAGACCACACACUGCGCAUGAAAGGUCAAGGCCAUCUUCAGGCGGCUGGUCCCUACCGUCUCGACCUGUGUCAGCUAAAGUUCAAAUUGCAAACGAAACAAAAUUCCUAAUCACAAAAGAAAGUACGUACAUCAAAACGGGUCGCAGUUUUGAGAAGCUUUUUGACAACCGUCCUGUGGACAAACCGGUGAUUGUGAAUAACUAUCUCAAUACUUUAACCCCGUUCCCGCAUGUUUCUGCUGAGAAGGAGCCCAGCAUUGCGUCCAUGAGCACGCUGUGUCCGGUACAAGAGGGCGACGAGGAUGACGAAACUGACGAAGCUACCCAAACGAACAAUAACCAAGCCAGAAGUAUUGACAGUAAUGGCGUCCCUGAGCCUUUUGACGAUUCUCGCGAACAACCGCAGCUAACCUCACAUCAAGAAAGCUUGGAAACAUCACUGAAGCUAAAAUUCCAGAAGCGUCUGAAACACAAAUUAUUGCGAACGCGCUCGGCUAAUGCUAGUCUCCAAACUCAAAACCAACGCAUGCAUUUUAAGCAAUCAAACUCGGAUCUCAGUUCGUACGCAGACGGCAGUCGUCGAUCUAGACACAACUCGGACACCUCAAGUAUGAUAAGUAUUCCGAGGUCAAGGACGGGUUCAAUCGUCUCCAAUCACCGACCGAGCAUCUCGCUCGGGAUUCCCGCGGACAUCGAAGAGAUAUCGCGAGAUCAGGACAAGCUCGCGAGCGGCAUCACAGCGGAGAAGCCACUCGCCUCGAAUAAACUUGUGUCCAUAUCGAAAGUUGUGCGCGCAGCAAUGACCUUUUCUCGGGUUGCUAGGAAACGCGCGUUGUUGAAAAUGCAGGAGGAAAACUCGUCUGACAGUCACGAGAUUGUGAGACAAGAGCGGAUAAGAAAACUUCAGUCGAGACAGAGUGUGCUAAAUAUCAUUGCUAGUCAGUGGAGUCUUGACAACAAACCGGACGUGAAAAUCGAACAAGUGGAAUAAGCUGUGUUUUCCGCUUAUUGUUUGUUUUUGCUUUAUUUAUAUAAUGCUCAAUUAGAAUCCUGUUUAUUUAUAAUGUAUUAAUCACACAUUUUCCAACUAUUUCUCAAAAAUGUGAAUCGCUGUACAGUGGUUGGAUAUCAUUCAUAGAUAAACAUGUGUUACCACACUUAGAAAACAUAGAUCAUUAUCGUCACCAAUAUUUAAACUUUUUUUUCCGUUUUGUUCAAUUCUGUAUAAUGUCAAUAUUAAUUAAUUGGUAAUCACACUCAUCGUAGAAACGUCUUAGAUAAUGGAGUAAAAAGAAUAUAAAUAAAGCAGAACAAAAUCACAUUAAAGGUGUUUAAGAUAUCGCUUGUAAAUGUUUAAAAUGUUAAAGAGACGUGUAUUAUCUUUUAAUAUUGAAAGUGAACUCACAUUCAUCGAUCAUUCAGAAUUAUUAUUGAAACGUUGUCUCGUGAGUGAUACAUUUCAAAUGAAUCGCUUUGUGAGCUAAAACAGAGUAGUUUGUUUAUUAUAUUGCAAUUCGAGUCAAAUUUUAUUAUAAUUAUAUUAACAUAAAUAUGCAAACGCAAAUUAAUCCAAAUAUAUCGUUAUUUGUUAAUAUUAUUAUUAUAUUAAGCACACUUUCCAAAAUACGUUUUCUUGGAUUUACUUGUUCCAAACAUGUUUCAAAUGAAUCGUCUCCAUGACAAACAUUGUUAACGCAUUCGACCACGGAGUGGGGGGUCGAAGAAUCGAAUCUCGCACAGGUCUUUAUCUGGUAUGUUCUUUUACCUCGACGUUUGUUUUCCUAUUAUCAAAAUGUACAUAGUGCAUUACCGGUACUUGCGGUCAACAGUAAGAUAUAGAGAAUAAACAUUUCGGGUACUGAACUGCGUUUUGCACCCUUACAUAUUUUGUCACAACAAAUAUGUUAAACAAUAAACAUAAAUGACUUCUUUUGAUGUGACGAUUUGUGUUAUCAUAAAAAAAUCCUUCGUUUACAGUUUUCAAGCUAAAUUACGUUCCUACGGAUUAUACUGGAUUUCGCCCAGGCAGUAAUAACCUUCGAGAAGUUAAUUUCUUUACUCCUUUGUCGUUUUACCGAUAUUGAAAGAGUAGAAAAAUAGCAAUUACUUGUAUUUAUAAUAGCUUACACCGGUAACAAAAGCACUUUGAACUUGUUAAAACGCAAUUUAUUUCUCGUUAACGAAAUGUUUGACGCAGACACUGUUUUCAGUAAAGUAAAUACUAAAUUAACCAAUUCAAACCGCAGUAUUUGAGUAAGUGUGUAGUUGUUCGAAAGACAAGUUGAUAAAUGUAAACAGACGACAAUUAGUCCGUUUUGGUGUAACGAAAAGUAAAUAAUGAAACAAUGCGUAUCAUAUUAAGGGCACUAUGACACUUACAGAAGAUAAUUGCGAUAUUUCGGUCGGUUAAUGUAAGUGUGCCAGUUGUAUAAUACAUGUGAACUCCACAGAAAAUAACUUACACCAACUGGAAAUGGCUGUACUUACAACAAAUGUUUGAGGUCGCCGUGGUGUACUGGAUAUGGUGUCCGCUUAGCGACUGGGAGGUCGUGGCUUCGAUACCCACUGUGGGAGCGUUCUUUAGAUCUCCCGCAAAGACACCAAAUACGGGUAAACCAUGGAAACGGACUCGAGAGCGUUUCAAUAAGCCCGAGGCUUUCGAUGCAAUCGAGCUAAUAUAAAUAGGUUUAAACUAAAUAUACAAUUGUAAUCUCGGCAUUUAUUAUCUUUAUUUGUCAGAAUUUAAACCCCAUUUAAGCCUUUUUGAGCUAAAUAUUCACGUACAUGUAUUCGUUCCAAAUUUAUUGAGGGAAAAUGCAUGAUUUUGUGUAGCAGUUAUUACAUCACAUUGAGUUCGUGCUUCGUAAUAAGAUUUCUUAGUUUAUGUCAUACAAUCAAACAUAAUACUCAAUAGUAUGCCUCUAUAUAAAGUUUAAUGAGCUUUUGUCCAGCAUUGAUCUUGAACGUUCCCACUAAACAAUUACGUUUACGUUUGUACUAGAAGAUGUCUGCAUUUAAGUUUAAAUGAUUUUAAAGGGAUCUUUUCACGUUUUGGUAAAUUGACAAAAUUAAAAACUAUUAAUUCAGAUUCGCAAAUUUUCGUCUUAGUUAUGAUAUUUGUGAGGAAAUAGUAAUACUGAACAUUUCCCAUGCUCUUAAAUAUCCAUUAUAUGAAUCUUUUGACGAUUUAAAAACAUGAAAAUUAUAAAGCGUUGCAACGCGAAACGAUUGUAUAAUUUGGAGAGUUUUGUUGUUGUCGUUUAAUUUUGUGACACUACGAGGUUUGCUUAUGUUAAGUAUUAAAUACAACGGUCAUAGUAUUAGCACGGAUGGCGAGUGGUCUAAGCGAUAUGCUUUUUCUCCAGGGGUCAGUGGUUCAUGUGUCAUGUGAAUAUAAUUGUAACAAAAUUACAAAAAGUGUUAUUGAACUUAUGGUUGUGUGCUUUUUAUCAGGAAUGUGUAAACAUAUUAGACCGUAUCGAGAGUUAUUAAAUAAGCAUAAAGAGAUAAAACAGCAUUAUUUAAACAAAUAGACAAAAGGAUCAAUAACUUAUUUUUUUGUAAAAUCAUGUAUUCGUAUCUAAAUCCUAUUGAGCUAUCUUAUAUAUCACGCAUGGCAACUAUUUUUUUUAUAGUUUUACAGUUUAUUUCAUGUGUAUUUUGUUCUUUUCAGGGAGAUUAAAGUAUUUUUGGAAGCACCUUCAAGAGACUUACUGAUAUCUUGAUCAAUGAAAAGUUGUCAUUAUAUAGUUAAUGUUCAAAAGUUUAAAAGACUGUUUAUUUUGUUACCAGAUGGUGCAAGUAUUGCAGUGAAAGAAAACAAUCAUAGCAAACAUUAAAUACACAUUUGACAAUUCAACAAAUUAAACAACAUGUAUUGUUUAUUACUUGGUGCGGUGGUAACAAUCUCUUGCAGCCACUUUCAUGACCGGGUCGAAUGAGUAUUUUCAUGAAACAUCUUACUCUAUUUUCACUUAUUCAGAUUUCAUUUGAAAUUGAGUUCAUGAAGUAUUAAUACAAUUAAAUAUGUUUGUUGGUAUAAUAAACCCCCAAAGCAAAUACUUGUUUGCGAUGAUCAUUUGUUACGUGUUAAUUAGAUCAUUUAUAUGUUUGUAUAGCAAGAUUUGUUACUUUGCGAAUACUGAUGUACUUCUUCAUGUACUUGGUGCUUUAAUUUCUAUUGUAACAUGUGCAUGCUGGUUAUAAAGCAAUGUUAUUAUUAAUGAAGUGUUUAUUUUGAUAUACUUACGAUAUUCAUAUGGAGAUGAUAUUGGAAACUAAAUUAACUUAAUAGACCACAAACAAUCAUCAUUGGAUUUAUAUUGUUAUUUGUUAUGAAACAAUUGUUUUAUUAACAUAUAUACUCAGAUUUUAUAUUCAUCUAAUCAA